CCCAUUUCAUCAUUUCUCUUCUCACAACUCUCAUCAGUAUAGUUCAUUCACCAUGACUUCUUCUUCUUCCAAUUACUCCGACAGCAUCCAAAACUACAGAUUCGAUGUAUUCAUCAGUUUCAGAGGUGUUGACAUUCGUAACUCCUUUGUUGAUCAUCUCUACGCUCAUUUCAUCCGAAAGGGUCUUUUUGUCUUUAAGGACGACAAAAGACUCGAGAAAGGAGAAUCCAUUUCAGAACAACUUCUACAAGCGAUUAAAGAUUCACGGAUUUCUAUCAUCGUCUUCUCCGAAAAUUAUGCUUCCUCAUCGUGGUGUCUAGAAGAAAUGGCCGCUAUAUUCGAUUGCAAACAACAGUUGAAGCAAACAGUUUUCCCCGUUUUCUACGAUGUGGAUCCAUCUCAUCUAAGAUAUCAGUGUGGGGUAUACCAAAAUGACUUUGAUUUACACAGACGGAAGAAGUUCAAACACGAUCCAGACAAGAUUCGUCGAUGGGAGACAGCUAUGACGGAUUUGGCCAAUUCAGCUGGUUGGGAUGUCAGGAACAGUGCCACUCACUAGACUGCCCACAUUGUACAACCAGAGAGACUAAGAGAGAGAGGGGGAGACAAAUGUCGUCUAAAAGAAUUCAUAACCCUAAUGUUUGAAGUGCUUCUAAUUCAUAACCCUAAUGUAAGGGUAAGAAAGUAAGCCAGGAUGGGAUUAAAAUUGGAAUUGUUUUAGAAAAAUUUAAAGUGGGUACAAGUAUAGGGACAAGGAUUGGGCAGGUAAGUAUAUACUUAUUCCCAUUUCCAUUCCCGAUUUAACAAAGUGGGUAUUACCUAUACUUGUACUCGUGUACAAUAAAAUUGGAUAUUCAUUGUCAAAGUCAGAAUGAGUUCGAGCAUUAUCCACAUGUACAAGUUUAUUUGCCAUAAUCCUUAGUUACACCAUCAAAGCAAAAUCCAAAACAACAAAUGAAGCAUGAAGCUUUUCCUUCACCAAACUUGUCCUCAUGCACUUGAUCUACUUUUGUAAUAAUGACCAACCCAAACAAAACACAACAACAAGUGCAAGGAGCAAGAAUAUAUCUCAUCUAUGCAUAACACAUACAAGGAACCUGAAUAAUACUAACAUGAUAUACAUUCACAAUUAAACAUCAAUCAUAUAAUACAUACAUAUCCAACAUGCAAAGCACACACAAGGAAAUAAGGAUUCUUGUGAUGUAUGUUCCUAAUUCUACUUGCACGUGCUACCAAACUCAUCAUCACCAAUUACAAGGCAGUCUAAGAGCCACGAAUCACCACACACAAGGUGACCCUCUCUGUGACACCCUUACUACCCCAACACAUAUAUCGAAAU